UGCAGGCAUGGCCGCGUGCUGCUGAGCGCGGGGUGCGCGAGGGGCCAGCUGCCACCAUGCCCCGGGGCGUGGGCGCCGCCCAGCUCUGCCUGCUGGCCCUCGCCCUGACGGGAUGCACCAGAAGAGGAAGUGGGGAAGGCAGCCCCCAGCUGCAGCAUGAACUAAUAGUACCUCAGUGGAAGACUGCAGAAAGCCCCUUGAGGGAGAAGCAUCCACUCAAAGCUGAGCUCAGGGUGAUGGCUGAGGGGCGAGAACUGAUCCUGGACCUGGAGAAGAAUGAGCACCUUUUUGCUCCAGCCUACACAGAAACCCAUUAUACUCCAAGUGGCAACCCUCAAACCACUACCCUGAAAUCCAAGGAUCACUGCUUUUACCAUGGGACAGUGAGGAAGGCAGCACAGUCCAGUGUCAUGCUCAGCACCUGCCGGGGAAUGAGAGGACUGAUUAUGGUGAGCAGUAACCUCAGCUACAUCAUCGAGCCUCUCCCUGGCAGCGAGGGCCACCACCUUAUUUACAGAUCCGAGCAUCUCAAGCUGCCCCCUGGGAACUGUGGGUUCGAGCACUCCAAGCCCACCGCCAGGGACUGGGUCCUUCAGUUUACGAACCAGACCAAGAAGCAACCUCGCAGGGUAAAAAGGGAAGAUUUACACUCCAUGAAGUAUGUGGAGCUUUAUCUGGUGGCUGAUUAUGCAGAGUUUCAGAAGAAUCGACUAGACCAGGACGCCACCAAACACAAACUCAUGGAGAUCGCCAAUUACGUUGAUAAGUUUUACCGAUCCUUGAAUAUCCGGAUUGCCCUCGUGGGCUUGGAAGUGUGGACUCACGGGAACAUGUGUGAAGUCUCGGAGAACCCGUACUCUACCCUCUGGUCGUUUCUUAGCUGGAGACGCAAGCUGCUCACCCGGAAGAACCACGACAAUGCGCAGUUAAUCACGGGCAUGUCCUUUCAUGGCACCACGAUUGGCCUGGCUCCCCUCAUGGCCAUGUGCUCUGUGUACCAGUCUGGAGGAGUCAACAUGGACCACUCAGAGAAUGCCAUCGGCGUGGCUGCCACCAUGGCCCACGAGAUGGGCCACAACUUCGGCAUGAGCCACGAUUCUGCGGACUGCUGCUCCGCCAGCGCGGCCGACGGAGGCUGCAUCAUGGCAGCCGCCACCGGGCACCCCUUUCCCAGAGUGUUCAAUAGAUGCAACAGGAGGGAGCUGGACAGGUAUCUGCAGUCAGGUGGAGGGAUGUGUCUCUCCAACAUGCCGGACACCAGGACGCUGUAUGGAGGCCGGAGAUGUGGAAAUGGGUACCUGGAAGAUGGGGAAGAGUGUGACUGUGGGGAGGAGGAGGAAUGUGAUAACCCCUGCUGCAAUGCCUCUAAUUGCACCCUGAGAGAGGGGGCGGAGUGUGCCCAUGGCUCCUGCUGUCACCAGUGUAAGCUGCUGGCCCCUGGCACGUUGUGCCGUGAGCAGGCGCGGCAGUGCGACCUCCCGGAGUUCUGCACGGGCAAGUCCCCCCAUUGCCCCACCAACUUCUACCAGAUGGAUGGCACCCCCUGCGAGGGCAGCCAGGCCUACUGCUACAACGGCAUGUGCCUCACCUACCAGGAGCAGUGCCAGCAGCUGUGGGGUCCUGGAGCCCGGCCUGCUCCUGAUCUCUGCUUCGAGAAGGUGAAUGUGGCAGGUGACACCUUUGGAAACUGUGGGAAGGACAUGAAUGGGAGACACAAGAAGUGCAGCAUGAGAGAUGCCAAGUGUGGGAAGAUCCAGUGUCAGAGUUCUGAGGCCCGGCCCCUAGAGUCCAAUGCCGUGCCCAUCGACACCACCAUCAUCAUGAAUGGGAGGCAGAUCCGAUGUCGGGGCACCCACGUCUACCGAGAUCCCGAGGAGGAGGGUGACAUGCUGGACCCAGGCCUGGUGAUGACUGGGACCAAAUGCGGCCAUAACCACAUUUGCUUCGAGGGGCAGUGCAGGAACACGUCGUUCUUCGAAACGGAAGGCUGUGGGAAGAAGUGCAAUGGCCAAGGGGUCUGCAACAACAACCAGAACUGCCACUGCUUCCGGGGCUGGGCCCCGCCCUUCUGCAACACGCCGGGCCAAGGGGGCAGCAUCGACAGCGGGCCCAUGCCCCCUGAGAGUGCUGGUCCUGUGGUAGCUGGCGUGUUUUCGGCUGUCUUUGUGCUGGUGGUCCUUACGCUGCUGUACCACUGCUGUAAACAGAACAACAAACUGGGCUACCUCAAGCCCUUAGCCCUGCCUUCCAAGUUGAGGCAACAGUUCAGCUGUCCCUUCAGGGUGUCUCAGAACAGUGGAACUGGCCAUGCCAACCCAACAUUCAAGUUGCAGACGCCCCAGGGCAAGCGAAAGGUGACCAACACCCCUGAAACCCUCCGGAAGCCCUCUCAGCCUCCUCCCCGGCCCCCUCCGGACUAUCUGCAUGGUGGGUCCCCACCUGCACCACUGCACCUCAGCAGGGCUGCUAGGAACUCCCCAGGGGCUGGACCCCCAGUAGAGAGGAAGGAAUCAUCCAGGAGGCCUCCCCCAAGCCGGCCAGUGCCUCCUGCACCAAAGUGCGUCCUCUCCCAGGAUUUCUCUAGGCCUCGGCCACCCCAGAAGGCGCUCCCGGCUAACCCAGUGCCAGGCCGCAAGAACUUCCCCAGGCCAGGUGGUGCCUCCGUCCUGUGGCCCCCUGCCUCCAGCCCUCAGCCGACCCGGCCCCUGGUAGCACCUGUCCCAAAGAGUUGAUGGUCUGGACGAGCAGGCACGUGGACAGACUUCUGCGGAAACCGUUCUUCUCAGCUGACAGCCUGUCUCCCCUGCCCACCUGUCACAAGCAAGAGGACAGCUCCC